UUUUUACAAAUUUUACCUAACGUUUCAUUGCUGAAUCUGGCGAUGGAUGUAUCUAUCAAAGCCAUCAUAGAUUUAGAUUGAUCGGCUUGCCAACCUUCAUCCAAGGUAGUCUUAUUUACAGAAAGUGCUGGUGCGAAAAUCAUUAGGUGCUGAUAUGAUUAAUGCAUUACUGUAAAAGUGUUUGUUUUUAUUAUGGACUUUGUACGAGUAAUAGAUCUAGCCUUAUGAGGAAUUAAUCUAACAUAGGUAAUUCUGUAUUUUUUUACAAGAAACUGCGUAUGAAAUUAAAUUUUACACCUGUGCAUUUUUUCUGUCAAUAUAUUUUUCAAUUAUUAAUACAUUGUAAGACAAAUACAGUUUCACGCUAUAACUGUUUAGAAAAACAACAGAAAAUUCAUUUGGUCAUGCGUUUUUUAAAGCGUACGACGCCCGUACUGCUUCCUGCAUACAGAAAUUGCGCGGAGGAGAUAGCUUAGAAAUUCUGGAGGUCAGUCCGUCCAACAUCUUCUGAAACAUGUGUGGCUCAAUUUUGAGAAUUUCAUGACAUUCAGUAUGGGAAGCCUUUGGUCACGUCAAAAGACAGAUGAAGUUGAGAAUCAGUUGAAGCUUCAAAAAGAGUGUAAGGAUAAUAUAUAUAAACUAGACGAAACCAUGGUCAAGCUUUUAAUGUCUCUCGAUGCGAUGCACGCAACAGCAGAAAUGCUACUUAGGUACCUGAACAUAAGUGACGGAGAUACAGAUGACAAAGCGGUCCUGACAAACAAGAAUAUCUGGGAACGCAAGGCGGUCGCUGCACGACUAUUGAUCAAGAUGGAGAGGAUUGUUUGUACUGAAAAACAGGAUGUUGUCAAUUCGCUAAUCACUUUUUUGCAUUUCGUCAUAUUCAAUGCAGAAGAAAUCUUCAAAGCCGACUCAGGAGGAUUCAAUACUCUAAAACUAGACGCAUAUAUAAACGACACUAAUGAGUGGCAUUGUGCUGAAGACCAUUAUAUUGAAACUAUUCAAAAUGAAAAUAAAACUUUGACAGAAAGAAAUGCAAUUCUUGAAAACAAGAUUCAAAACUUAAAAUCGAGAUUAACAGAGGAAGAGAAUAAUUCGAGAAAAAGGAUUGAGCAUGUGCAAAAUGAACUCACAAAACUGAGGGCAAAGGUUGCCGGUUCACAGAAACAAAAAAAAUGAAUUUAAAGUUAAAAGCGAUUCUCAAAGUAAGCAAUUAGUAAAACACGAGACUGUUAUUAAAGAACUGGAGAAAAAUAAAAACUGUUUGCAAGAUAAAGUAUCUACAUUUCGUUCAAAAUGCAGUGAAAUUGAAAAAGAAAAUGACAGCUUGGCAUUCAAGCUUAACCAAGUAAGACAGGAAAAGGAGGCAUUAGAUAGUUCGUCUCAAGCAAUGCUGACAUUGAAAGACCAAAAAAUAACAGAAAUGACCGAAGAAAACAGCUCAUUGGUUGCAGCCAUUAAACAAAAAGAAGAAAGUAUCACAGAAUUAAAAUAUAGGAUAGAGAAAACUGCAAAAGAAACAGAAUUACAGCAUAAAACCUACGAUAGCAAACUGAUUGAAAAAGACAAAGACAUUACUGAAUUAAGAAGGAAGUUAUCAAACUUUGAACAACAAGUCAGAAAUAAAGAAAAUAUAAUUACAAAGUAUGAGUCAGAGAAAACGACAAUUACAGAAGAAAACAUUAAGUUGCAUAUGAAACAACGAGUUGUCAGCAUGCUUGAUGAAUACAGAGAAAGAUAAAGAAAGGCUACGGGAUAAAGUAAAUGAACAAAAUGUAGAAAUACAAAGACUGAGACCAGAAAUUAAAAAGAAGACAUCCGAAUUGCUAGCGUUGAGUGAGGAAAUGGAGAUCAUAAAGAAAGAAUGCGAUGAAAAGAAGUCAGAAAACAUUAUGCUUGCAAACCAAUAUGAAGCGAAGAAUAAUGAACUUAUUCAAAUUAUGAGUAAAAAGACAAUUCAAGUUCAGCUCUACGGUCAACGAAGCAUGGGAUGGACAUCAGAAAUAGAAAAGGAACUCAUUGAUUCGCUGAAAACCGAAAUGAAGUCAGUUGAUGACAAGCUAGAACUAAGCUUCUUCAAGGUAUCACGUCCCUCAGAUGUAUUGCCCGACAUACCUCUAUUGUUGAUAUGUGUGACGAUUUCACGCCUUGGAACUGACGUAAUCAACGCAACCCAAGGACUGGCAUUGGCUCCUAAUAUGGCACUUACGAUAUUCCAUCACAAAGACGAGCACGCCUUGCCUAAUCAAGCAAGUGAACGAAUACUGAUGGCAAAAGAGUUGCGUGGUGCUGGUGGAAUAUUCGACAUGGCCUUCAAGUCUGACAUGGGUAUCUACUCUUGCGACAUGAAUAUCAACACCAUUUCCAGUCUUAUAACGUUCAUCAGGAGACAAGCGACAUAAUAUGACUAGUCUAAGAAAACAAUGAAUGAUAGUAUAUUGUCUAUUAUAUACAAAUAAACAUAAUUUGCAGGAGAUUUCUUAAAAAUAUAUAUUGGGUAGUUAUUAUUCGUUAUUUUUCUAUGUGCAAUGUUUUGAAUUUGAGUUAUCAUUCACUUAACAUACUGGUACUACAAGCUGUACUCUCACAGCACGAUACCGAAAGAUAUUUACGAAUUAAUAAUGUAAAUAUGGUGGAUCGGAAAAAAAAUAGAGUAUUAUUCCCAAAGCAUCGCGCGUAAAAUGUUAUAGGCUCGGAGUAGCGUUCCAUCUCUAUAAGUUAUAGCUCUUGUCACGUCUGAAUAAUAAGAUAUUGUUCCCAAUUCAUCUGUAAGACCCAGGAAAGAGACACCUCCUAAAAGACGAUUGCAUUAGUGCAAUAUAUUUCCAGUGUUAAUCCCGCGCUUGUAGUUUUUAGAUACACUGUAAGACUUUUCAUUUACUGGCACUUAUUCAGAUAUUUUAUUGGAUAUGAUAGAAAAAAAGAUAUUGAAUUGUUUUCUAAUAAAAGCAACUGAAUGAUACAACAGUGAAGGUUGAUCUCUUGCUAUGGGAUGUCCAUACUUCCAAUAAAUCCAUUUACUCAGUGCAAUUGUUUUUUUGUUUUGUUUUUUACCUGGAUAUUUCGGCUGUAUCGCAUAGUUUUCAUCAGCUGACUGCACUGAGUUCUGGUCAGUGGGUGUCACGUAAAUUUGAAUCGUCACGUGCCACCAGGAGUACAGUACAUAUUUUAUCUAUAAAGUACAAUAUUACCAACAUAAACAAGAGAUGGCAAUGGGGUCCCCGGUCUCUCUCAUUGCAGCAAACCUCUACAUGGAGCAUUUUGAGAAAGAGGCGUUGCACACUGCAAGGAACCCUCCUUCCGUAUGGUUCAGAUACUCCACUAUUACCACAGAGUUUUCCAACCACCUGAACCCCAUUGAUGAGCAUAUCAAGUUUACGUCAGAAAGCAAGGAUGAUGGCAAGAUUCCAUUUCUUGACAUUUGUGUUCAUGUCAAUGAUGACGGUCCCACAAAAGCCACGGUAGUACAUCAAUUUUGACUCCAACCACCAUCUAGAACAUGGGAUCUGUUGUGAGAACCCUGUUCCAUUGGGCGGAAAAACUCGGCAUCUCUUACAUUUUACAUUCGAGAACUUCAGAAGCCUAACACAGGAUUUAAAAAGCAAGGUGUGAAUAUGUACCAUCGGCCAUUCAAUUCCAUUCGCUCGCAUGUCACACAUGUGAAAGAUAAAACAGGCAAGAUGAAGAAAUGUGGGGAUGUUUUUAUGUGAAAUGUGAACAAUGCAAGUAUGACUAUGUUGGUGAAACUUGAAGAUGUUUAGAAACAAGAAUGAAAGCGUAUGUAUAUCGAUCUAACUCUGCACUACAUGAAGACUAUGAACAAACUGGACACCACAUUGACCCCCAAAACACAUAAAAAAAAGUCUUAACGUAAAAGGACAUACAUCUAAAACGGCGGGUGAAAGAAGCCAUACUCAUCAAGCAGCGGUGACCAUCACUCAACCGGGACGAGGGGUAGGAGCUUCCAGUGGUGUACAAUCCUCUUCUGACUUUGACUUCGGCACGUGACACCCACUGACCAGAACUAAGUGCAGCCAGCUGAUAAAGGCUAUGCUUAAAACCAAUUGCUCUGAUGCUCUGAGUAAAUGGAUUUAUUAAAACACUGAACGAUAUGUUGUCAUUGGCCGUUGAAAACCUUAUGUCCGAAGAUAAUAAACAUGAUAAAAGUACUGUAAAUAAUUUAGCAAAAUUUAUAUUCUUUGCAAAUAAUUUAAGAAUUUAAAGGACGGAUAGUAUGAUUUAUACUUCUCUGACAAUUUUUCUCAUAUAUUUAAUGAUGCUAAUGCAUCAGAUUUCAAAUUCACAAUUGUAUAUGCAUGUACAUUAUUGGCUAUAUAUACACCUUUCAGGUGUUUAAUGCUGAAUAAAAUGUCGUUGUUGUUGUUA